CAAAUAUGAAUAAACUAAAUAUUUUUGUUCUACUAUUGCCAAUUGUGUUGUUUGCUAUCGAGGUAUAUUUUGUGACUUCUUUUUUAGAAUAGCGUAAAUAAUAUGAUGAAUAUUUAACAGGCAUCAACACAACGUCUGGCUGUGCGAUGGAAUUCCUUUAGUUGCAUUCCAAAUACAAAACUAAUCGACUCAAUAAAUUGCAUCAUUAUCGAGCCGGAGAGAUCACUUUUAAAUGCAAAUGUGAGCAUCAAUACUGAUAUGAGGAAACUGAAUGUGCCCUUUGCAUUACUUAUUGCUCGACCGCCGGCAAAUGAUUUUCAUAGGAUUGUCAAUUUAAAUGUAGAUAUUUGCAAGUUCUCCAAGGAAUCGCAUGGCAACAGGUUCUUUAAAAUUGCGUAUAAAAUUAUCUUCGCGGACUCCAACGCUCCCAAAAAGUGUCCUUUCAUAAAGGGAUCGUAUUACUUUCGGAACAUCGACCUAGGUGGAAGUUUACCGCCCUUUUUGCCUGCCAAUGAUUUUCAAGUUCAACUAAAUAUUGAAUCCGAUGUUGAUUGGAUUUUGAACAUGACAUUGUUCGGACGUGCUUUAGAUUUUAUCAAGUCGAAGGGAAAAUGA